CCCCUUUAUAAGGCCGUCACGUGGACCGACGCUCUCCUUUCCCCCCGCACUCGAAGCAGUAGGCGCGAUUCGUGUGCGCUCCCCUCCACACAGAGACUCAGAAUAACUCUUCCCGUCUUCUUCCUCACAAUACUUCCAACAUGGUGAAGGCAGCCAAGGCAACUCCUGUGAAGAAUGGCAAACCUCAGAAGAAGGCGCCACCUCCGCCCAAACAGGUGGAUGAGUCGAGCGAGGAGGAUGACUCCGAGCCAGAGGUCCCUGUGAAGAAGGCAACACCUCUGCCGAAAAAGGCUGCUGCCAAGGUGACGGUGAAGCAGGCGUCUGAGGACGACAGCGAGGAGGAGGUGGUGGUUCCUGCCAAGAAGGGCAAGCCUGCUGCCAACAGUAAGGCCGUGGCAAACAACAAGCCGGCUGCCAAGAAGGCAGCACCCAAGAAGGCCGAGAGCUCCGAGGAGGAGUCGGAUGAGGAUGAUGAUGAGGAAUCCGAGGAGGAAUCCGAGGAGGAGGAGGCACCACCGCCACCAAAGAAGACUCCUGCUAAACCAGCAGCCAAGGCCACUCCCGCCAAGGCUACUCCUGCCAAGGCAACACCUGCCAAGAAAGCACCAGCUGCUGACGAUGACGAAGAUGAGGACUCUGAAGAUGAUGAAGAAGAUGAGAAGCCAGUGGCCAAGAAAGCAGUAGCUGCCAAGGCCACUCCCGGCAAGGCCACUCCCGGCAAGGCCACACCUGGCAAGGCCACACCCGGCAAGGCCACCCCAGCUAAGGCCACCCCAGCAAAGGGCAAGCCGGCAGAAUCCGAUGACGAGGAGGAUGAAGAUGAGGAUUCGGAGGAGGAGUCCGAUGAGGAGAUGGACGUGACCCCUGCGCCUAAAGCCAAGGGUGCUAAGGCAAAGGAAGAGUCUGAGGAAGAGGAUGAUGAUGAAGAGGAUGAUGAUGAGGAUGACGAAGAGGAUGAUGAAGAUGCCGAUGAACCUCCACCCAAGGCCAAGGCAGAGAAGCGAAAGAAGGAGGAAGACAAGGCCACCUCUGCAUCCAAAAAACAGAAGGUUGAUGCUGGUGAUAAGAAAGAACGUGACGCCAAGACUCUAUUUGUGAAGAACAUCGCAUGGUCUUCGACGGUGGAAAGUCUGACGGAGGCUUUUGAGGGAGCUGUUGAAGUGCGGAUUCCACUGGGCCCCAAUGGCAAGAGCCGCGGGAUCGCGUACGUGGAGUUCCCCUCGGAGGAGGACGCCGAGGCGGCCAUGAAGGAGUACCAGGGUGCCGAUGUGGAUGGGCGCGCGGUCCUCCUCGACUAUGUCGGGGAUAAGAGCAACAAGGGUGCGGGGCAGCAGGCUGGCUUCGGAGCAAAGCCACAGGGCCCUGAGAGCAACACGCUCAUGGUGCGGAACCUGUCCUUCCAAGCGGACGAGGACUCUCUGCGAUCGGUGUUUGAGAACGCUGAGGCGGUGCGUGUGCUGAUGGACCGCGAAACUGGCAAGCCCCGUGGGAUGGCAUUUGUGGACUUUGCAAGCAUUGAUGAUGCCAAGGCGGCGAUGAAGGCGCACAGCGGUGCCGAGGUGGAGGGCCGUGCCAUCCGCCUGGAGUUCAGCACGCCGCGUGGCACGCCCGGCCCCAGUGAAGCGAGCAGCACGCUGUUCGUGCGAGGCUUGGGCGAGGACACCUCUGAGGACACGCUCAUGGACUCGUUUGAGGGAGCCACGGCUGCACGUAUUGUCACCGACAGGGACUCAGGCCAGUCCAAGGGGUAUGCCUAUGUGGACUUCAGCUCUGCGGACGAGGCCAAGUCUGCGCUGAACGCCAUGAAGGGUGUGGAAAUCGACGGCAGCCAGAUCUACGUGGACUUCGCUCGUCCCAAGGGCUCGACGCCAGGCCGUGGUGGUGGAGGCCGUGGUGGUGGCUUUGGCGGCAGGGGUGGUGGAGGCUUUGGCGGUCGCGGUGGAGGCUUUGGUGGCCGUGGUGGUGGUGGAUUUGGCGGGGGCCGCGGUGGUGGCUUCAGGGGGGGCCGCGGAGGCGGUGGCUUCAGGGGAGGUCGUGGUGGUAGCAGUGGAAGGAAGGAUGGCAUCCAGGAGUUCAAGGGCAAGAAGAUGACUUUUGACAACUGAAAUUAACGUGUGUUUUUCUCCAUAUUUCGCUAAAAGUUAUAAAAUGGACAUUUUGCGCGCUCACACUCGCGCGCAGGACAAAAGGGGUGGAUGGGGACUCAGGUCUGGCAGUGCCACGAUGCUGGGGCCUGGCAGUCACGCACCAUUCCACCAACGCAAAACCAUCCACCCCACAAUCCCACUCAAUGCGCCCCCCCACACCACCAAGUGUGCAUUGCAGCCCUUUGCUUGUCGCCAUCUGGCUGCUAGAAAAGUCCUGGGGGGGGGGGGGGGUCUAUUUACAUUUAAUCUUAGGGCCUCAAAAUUGAUUAGUGCAGUGCCUUUUAAAAUACAUUGGGACAAAUGGUUAUCCUGACUGGUUUUUAGCUAUACUGCAUGGGCCCAUUUAUGGCCCAUAAUUCUACUGUAAAAUAAACAUUUCAAGAUUUUUCAUUUUCUGAAAUUGCAUUUCAUAAUGGACGUUUCACGCUUUAUGUAAAAAAAUGCCCCAAAUAACCGUUCAUUGUGGUACAUCGGUUUGAUAGUUUAUAGUCCUGAAACAUUGGCAUCUUAACCCAACAGCAUCUGGCCAUAAUAACACGUUCCAAAGGGUGGAUGUUUUUGUCACUGAUGAAUGGCGUUAUAAAACUUUUUUGCCCUGCGCCCCUUGUUGGACCCCUUUAAACAAAUUAUUAGACGUUGCUGACGUGGAAAUUGAUUCGUUGGGCACCAUGAGAGUUCCGCCUGGCUUGGAGACGUGUGCUUGUGCACAUGAGGCUGGAGUCUCGAAGCCGUGAUUGGAACAUUUUUAUCCUGAAGCCGCCUCCUGUAGUCAAUUUGCAUAUAAAGUACUUGUGUGUGUGCUUUUUGUUAAGUGGUUAUUAUUUUUUACUUGUAAAUAUGAGUUUCUGUAGUUGCUCAUUGUUUCUAAUUUGUUGACAAUGUAACGAAAAUGCCACCUGUAUUUUGGUAAUAUCCAAAAUGUGCAGUUGCAGGUUUCUGAAAUAAACUCAAUAACUCCGCUCCCUCCCCCUUAUCAUUUAUUACAUGUCGAGUAGAUGUCGGCUGUGAAUUGUGCUGGUUUCUAAGGUUGAAUUAAGUUGCUGGACAGUCCUAACUGCCAUAAGCGUUUGGUUGUUGGCCAUAACCAUAAUCGGUUGCUUGUCAAUGUUAAAUAUUGGUUAUUACAAAAUUACAAUGUCCAGAGUUUGUACCAUCCGAGAUCAACCAUCCGAUUAAAUGAUGCGUAAAACUAUUGUGAUUCUGAAAUUAUUUCAGACGUUGCGUCGUUUGAUUUCCGUAACGAUGAGUCGUAAACAAAACAAUUUUAUGUUCUGUUCGGAUGCCAUUUAGAAUAUAGUUUGAGCGAUCUGCUCGCAGACCUUGAAAACGAUAAUGCAAUAAUAGAAAGCUUUGCGACAUCCAUGGAUUGUGAAGAUUACGAGGCUUAGCUGUGCCACAUGCAAACGUGUGGUCUUGCCCUAAAAAUGCCGCUGAUCAAGGUUAUGCGCCUGUUGAUGCUUGUUUAAUAAUUACCCAGCACAUCUAGAUACCAGUGAAUGUCAUCAGGUUAUUGUGCUUUAAAUGUGUAUGCCACUUGGGAGCUAAAAGCUGCAUUGCAAGGUUCACAACCAAUUUCAUUUUUUCCUCGCCCCUAGUUGCAGUCGGCAAAAAGGGGCAAACGAAGAAACCGGUUUUGUUAGAAAAUACAGAAAUAUCCAAAAGAGCGAAUUGUAUUUUGUUUGAAUGCGUUGAGUUACUUGACAAAGCAGUGGCUGAAGCAGUCGAAUCAAGUGCUAUGUUUGCAGGUUACUGCUACUUCCUUUCUAAACGUUAGCUAUUUUGUUUUGCAUGUGUACCAUUUUUUUAAAAAGGUGAAACAUGUAAAGUAGAACACAUGCUUUUGUGAUUCGUCAUUAUUUUACAUAUUAAAGUAUAGUCCCCUAUUUGAAACUUG